AUGUCGACAACCAUGCUGCGUACCAGCGCUGUCCGAUCGAUCCCGCGUUCCUUCAACUCCUUCCAAGCGACCACCCCACGAACGAGCUUUCUCAACAAUGCCCUGAAAGCCUCUCUGCGGACUUCUGCUCGCCCCGUACGGACUUCUCGCAUCCUCGCAGUCGCCGCCUUUCAGCCAGUCCCAAGAGCCGUGGUGCGCUAUGCCCAUAAUGCCCACGCUUAUGACAUUGCAAAGGCAGAGAAGUCACUUCAUGACAAGAUUUUGGAACCAAUUCCACAGGCGGUCUCUGCUGAUUCGACAACCCGACAAGUCACUGGCGAAAUGAGCAAAGCUGCUGACGAAGAUGAAGUGGAUAUGAUGGCCGGUAUUCGAAGUGACUUUAACACGAUCAAGGAGACAUUUAGUUUGGCAUCUGUGCCUCGUGAAGCUCUCUAUGUCGGUCUCGCGGGUGUCAUUCCGUACCUGGCUACGUCUCUGACCACCGUCUAUCUUUCGUUCGACAUUCAAUACGCGGCCACUCACGGCCAAGGCUUUUUCAUGUCGGGCGAGACGGCUGAGACGUUGCUUCACAUCAUCGAGCCAAUCCAGCUCGGUUAUGGUGCUUCGAUCAUCUCGUUCCUUGGUGCCAUCCACUGGGGACUCGAAUGGGCCGGCUACGGUGGCUAUAAAGGCUACCCGAGAUACUCGAUGGGUAUCAUUGCCACGGCUGUAGCGUGGCCGACACUUCUCCUCCCUGCUGAGGUUGGCUUGAUCGCGCAGUUCCUUGCCUUCACCUUCUUGUACUACAACGAUGCAAGAGCUUCUGCUCGGGGCUGGGCUCCUCCGUGGUAUGGAGUCUACCGAUUCGUUCUCACUUUCAUUGUUGGCGCCAGUAUUGUCGCUUCGUUGAUUGGACGUGGCCAGAUCGCUGAUUUGGUCACUCGACCUCCUGGGCCUGCCGACAGAAUGAGGGAGCUUAGGGCCAGACAGAUGGAAGAGAUUGGACCUGAACCAGUCGGCGGUGAAGAGGAAGAAGAGGAAGAAGAAGGUGGCGAGGAGGAGGAGUAG